UAUUUGUUCAUCUUUCUACCCUAGUUCGAGUGAAGCGCCGCGGCCGCUUAGGCGAAGAGGAAUCCGAAGGCGUUCGGAGCUACAGCUGCAAUUAUGGCUAGAGGAUUGAAGAAACAUCUGAAGAGGCUUAAUGCCCCAAAGCACUGGAUGCUUGACAAGCUUGGCGGUGCUUUUGCCCCCAAGCCGUCGUCUGGACCCCACAAGUCAAGGGAGUGCCUUCCUCUCAUCCUCAUCAUCCGAAACAGGUUGAAGUAUGCCCUGACAUACCGGGAGGUGAUUGCCAUCUUGAUGCAAAGGCAUGUUCUUGUCGAUGGAAAAGUUAGGACUGACAAGACAUACCCUGCUGGUUUCAUGGAUGUUGUCUCCAUCCCAAAGACGAAUGAGAACUUCCGUCUUCUGUAUGAUACCAAGGGGCGUUUCCGUCUCCACUCCAUCAGGGAUGAGGAGGCAAAGUUAAAGCUGUGCAAGGUGCGAUCUGUCCAGUUUGGUCAGAAGGGCAUUCCUUACCUGAACACCUAUGAUGGUCGCACCAUCCGUUACCCUGACCCACUCAUCAAGGCCAACGACACCAUCAAGCUUGACCUUGAGACCAACAAAAUCGUCGACUUCAUCAAAUUUGACGUGGGCAAUGUUGUGAUGGUCACAGGGGGUAGGAACAGAGGCAGGGUGGGAGUGAUAAAGAACAGGGAGAAGCAUAAGGGAAGCUUUGAUACAAUUCACAUUCAAGAUGCAACUGGGCAUGAGUUUGCUACAAGGAUGGGGAAUGUGUUCACCAUUGGCAAAGGAACAAAGCCAUGGGUGUCUCUUCCAAAGGGCAAAGGUAUUAAGCUGAGCAUCAUUGAAGAAGCCAGGAAGAGGCUUGUUGCCCAACAAGCUGCUUGAGAGUAACUUUUGUUUUCCAUGUCUGAAACUUGCGUUUACAGUCUUUUUUAUUCCUAGAACGACUUGCUUUUAUCCUAUUUAGGACCUUGGGUUUUGCAGAAUCUACCUCCCAGUUUGAAUAUCGAUUACUCUUUUUUUUUUAA